CCAAACACCACCCUGAACCUGGACCUCAGUUUCAGCAAUCUGAAAUCACUGGGCUCAAAUUAUUUUGCAUCAGUCCCUGAGCUGCAGUUUCUGGAUCUUUCAAGGUGCCACAUCCAUACAAUAGAAGACAACUCCUUUAUGGAUCUCCCUAGCCUUUCCACCUUGGUUUUAACUGCCAACUCCCUCCAGCAGCUGGGGAAAGCAGCUUUCAAUGGCUUAACAUCUCUGAAAAAACUGGUUCUGGUGGAAACCAACAGGACCUCUCUGUCUGAGCUGCCCAUUGGCCACUUGCACACUCUGCAGGAGCUGAAUUUAGGCCACAACAGCAUUACUUCAUUGAAGCUUCCCAAGUAUUUCACCAACAUGACCUCCCUCAAGCACCUGAGCUUCUUCUCUAACAGGAUCACAUCUAUCUCCAGAGGAGACCUUGAUGCCCUGAGGGAAGGGAACAGGCUCAACCUCACUCUGGUGCUUUCCUUGAACAAUAUAAAAUCCAUAGAGCCGGGGGCCUUUGCAGGGAUCCACCUUGCUCAGCUGGCUCUCAGGUCUGCUUUUGAGAGCUCCAUGAUGCAAACUGCCCUGCAAGGCCUGGCUGGUUUGCAGGUCAGCAGACUCACAGUUGGGGCGUUCAGUGACCAUGACAGAGAGCAGGACUUUGAGAGGGGGCUCUUGGAUGGACUGUGCCAGGUGCAGAUGGAAGAGUUUGUCCUGAUCUGCCUCGGGGACUUUGAGGAUGACACAGACACUCUCUUUGACUGCGUGGGCAACGUCUCCUCUAUUCGCUUGGUGGACCUGGGACUUGAGCAGAUAUCACAGGUUCCCGUGGGGUCUAAAGUGAAGCAGCUGGAAUGCAAGAAAUGUGAUUUUGAUGAUGUGCCUGCCAUGAAGCUGUCGCUUUUCAAGGAGCUGAGAGUGCUUCGUAUUACCAAGAACAGAAGUCUCAAAACCUUCGAGCAGAAGUUUGAGGGUCUCAGUAACCUGGAGGUCAUAGAUUUGAGUGAGAAUAGACUCACCUUCAGUAGAUGCUGUUCCCCUCAGUUUCGAAAUUGUUCAAAUUUGAAACAUUUGAACUUGAGCUUCAAUUCUUAUAUCAGAUUGACUGGAGAUUUCAAUAAUGUGGAGAAUUUGUUAUAUUUGGACUUUCAGCACACAACCUUAUUUGGUCCUGGCUCCUACCCUGUCUUUCUGUCCCUUCAGAGACUGAUUUACCUUGAUAUUUCCCAUACCAAAACCGAAGUUAAAUCCCAGUGUACAUUUUGUGGCUUGAACUCUUUGCAGGUGCUCAAGAUGGCAGGAAACUCCUUUGCAGACAAUAAGCUGGCAAACAAUUUCAAAAACCUAAGUCACCUCCACACCUUGGAUAUUUCAAGCUGCAAAUUAGAACACGUGGAUCAAAGUACUUUUGAUGCCCUCUCUGAGCUAAAAGAGUUAAACAUCAGCAACAAUAAGCUCCUGACUUUUGAUCCUGGAGUGUACCAGCCACUCCAAGCCCUCAGAGUCCUGGAUUUCAGCAGAAACCAGCUGACUGUUCUGUUGGACUCAGCCAGGGAAAUCCUGCCUGACAGCCUGCUCCUGCUGGAUAUCUCUCAGAACCUGUUUGAUUGCUCCUGUGUGUACCUGGACUUUCUGAUGUGGAUCAAGGAGAAUCAGGAGCUGCUGCAGAACGAGGAGCUGAUGCUGUGCCACACUCCCUCGUACGUGGCCAACGUGAGCCUGCCAAGCUUUGAUCUGUCCUCCUGCCACGUCGAUGCAGGCAAAGUUGCCUCCUCGGUGGUUGUGUUGCUCUGUGUUGUGGUGCUCCUCUUGCUGGUUUACAGGUACUACUUCCAGCUCUACUACUUCGUGGUGCUGCUCAGUGGCUGCAAACACUACGCAGAAAGAGGCGACACCUACGACGCCUUUGUCAUCCACUCCAGCAAAGACCAGGAAUGGGUGACAAAGGAGCUGGUGGAACCCCUGGAAGGAGGAAGACCUCCAUUCCACCUGUGUCUGUACUACAGGGACUUCCUGCCAGGGGUGCCCAUUGUCACUAAUAUCAUCCAGGAGGGGUUUCUCAGCAGCAGGAAUGUCAUCGCAGUCAUCUCCGCUGAAUUCCUGGAGAGCAAGUGGUGCAGCUUUGAGUUUGACAUUGCCCAGUCCUGGCAGCUGGUGGAGGGCAAGGCUGGGAUCAUCAUGAUUGUGCUGGAAGAUGUGAACAAGGACCUGCUGAGGCAGAGGCUGGGGCUCUCCCGGUACCUGAGGAGGAACACCUACCUGGAGUGGAAAGACAACGAGAUAAGCAAGCACAUCUUCUGGAGGCAGCUGACAGGAGUGCUGAUGGAAGGCAAAAAUUGGAAUCAUGAGGAGGCAAAACUCAUGUGAAGAGAAAGAAAGGUUCUUCCUGCCCUGUCUGCCAUCCUGGCCUGAUGGAUGGUGUUUUGAAGUUGGUUCUUCCUGUCACUAUAGGACACGAAAGAACACCAGCACACACUGCUGUUCUCAAGGUGAAGAAAAAAGGGAAGUUUAUUUUCUGACUCCAACAUUUAUAGUUUUCCAAGAGUGACAGUGGAUUGGAGGGUGACAGUGCCACCUCUCCAAUGACACUGAACAGACCAACAAUCCAUCAACUUUCUCCUCCUCCAUAAAGGAAUGCAAAACAAUGAGUUGUUUACAGAAAGUGUGUGAGAAAGUUCACUACAAGAAUGUCAGCAUCAGAGGAAAAUCUUAAAAAACCAGGGUGACACUUCUGUUGCUGUUCAGAGUCAGAGUGGGUGGAUGGAGGCUCUGCCACGUCACUACAGAAAUUCCUGCCUUGCUGGUCACCUUCUCUCAAGGAAUUUUGCAAGUUAAGGAGUGACAAGGGCCAGAAGAGCUGCCUGAGCUCUGUGUUUGGCCAUGGCUGUCACCCACAGGUGGCCCAGCAAUAGCUCAGGUAUGGUGGGUGUAGGAACAGACCAAUGCUCUUAUGGUCAUCUGGCCUCUUCUGAAACUGGAUUUGGGUCUUGGGAUCAUUUACCCAGAGGAACUUCACAGUCUGUUGCUUUGAGUGGACCUCAGAAUUUCAAAGGCAGAGUAAAGACAAAGGAUUUUCAGCUCUAAAAACUUUGUGAAACAGAAACAAGGUGUGGAUGCUGAAAGUCUUGUGCCUGCCUCUGUGGGCACCAUGACUUGGGACAAACUCUCCAGGGAGCAAUGGGACAUCCUACAGCCCCAGCUGGCAGCUGCUCAGGGAACCUGAGUACUUUUGUCAU